CGCCGAGCUUGGGGCAGACACCGCUUCGACGCCGGGCUCUGUCGUCUGCGAGCUGAGAAAAAGAACUUGUAUUCACACGAACCACACGACUUGGUUUAAUAAUACAACCCUGUGUUAUCUGUUGUUUUUUUCGUGUGUUGUUCUUUCACAUUAUUUGUAAAAAAGAAAAAAGAAAAAAGAAAAAAAAAGAAAGCGCGAGCGUGACCGUGAACAGGCGAGCUAGUGCGUAAGAAGUGUUACGAUGUGGAAUAUAGAAAUGCGUUUUAGUUAUGACUUUUUCACGGUGUGGCGUGUUAGGGGAGGUGGAUAGUCCCUUGUAAAAGUCAAACACACAUAAUAAUCACCAUUCAGAAACGCGUGCGGUGCUAAAUAUGAAAGAGAAAUUUAAGUUUCAUAUCGUGAUAAUUCUAAUUAUUUUCUUGCCGACUUCAUCGUGCAUCGUGGAGAAUGAAAGAACGCAGUGGACGAAAACGCGUGCCUUAGAAAAGGCUAGCAAUACAUUUCCAGUGCAUGUCAGCAAGCGAACGACUGGAAAUGACUUUAGUCCUUCCAACACAAAAGGACAUGAUACCAGAGAGCCAGAGGAGAGCUCAGCCAUCCGAGGGCCACCACCCACAGCGCCGGCCUCGAAGCUGACAUCUCCGGAAAGGGACCCUCAGCCCCAGCGCCCCGCCUCGACCCUCUUCGCAUCGAGUUCAGCGCGCCUCGUGUCCUGGGCUCGGGAUCUCAGCCCGGGUUGGAGUCAGUGCAUACUGUGCGGGGAUUCCUGUACCAGCGAUGAUCUGGGCCGAAAGUACCAGUGGCGAAUGUUGACGGAAACGGGCAGCAGCACAGUAGCGGAUCUUCUCAGCUUCGUCGACCAGCAUGUCUGUACUGAUGAUUCCAUGCGCACAGGCCUUGAAACUGCCGAAGAAAAUCAGUUCCUUGUUGACUGCUUUUUGUGUCAUCCAAACAGCGGCUUCGGAGCUUCCCAAACCAAGGGCAACAUUCUGACCAGCGCCAAGGUUACGGUGGCACGAGAUGACCUCAGUUUGGAGAAUGUCAUUGAAGGAAGUUUUGGAAUGUGGCACGGCUGGGGAACAGAGAUCCGUCAAUUAGCGUCCUCCGUCGUAAGAAUAGACCCUGACACAGGCCAGCAGAUAACGUCGGGUCUCGUACCACAGGGCGACUACACCUUAUUGUUGAUGGGGAGGGAACAGCUGUCCUGUCUCCAAAACUCUUCGGGAGCAUUCACAACCUACCAGACUUGGGGACUCCUUCCCUAUGAUGGACAAGAACAAGCCAUACAGGUAGCCAUGCAUACUGUUUGCGAGAAGGUAAUCGCUCGCCCUACCACAACCCCCAAGUCUACAACAGAAACCCCCACGCAUGCGACCACAACGGAACACAUUUCCACUGACUCAUCUACCACCACGAGUCCACAACCUUCUACGACUUCCUCUACGACACUUACAACUACGACUUCCCAAGUUACUACAAAAUUAAUGACCACUUCUACGACACCUAAAUUUCCAGCGACGACCGUUGAUCCUGAAGAGUGCUGUUGUCAGGGAAGGCAAUGCUUGUGCCCAGGCAAUAACAUGACAGAGAAAUGUGAUGAGAGUCAUGUCGGUGAGAGGACAGUGACCUGCAUCGACGGAGAGGUUGUGGUUGUGAAAGACGAUUGCCUCUACCAGUGGAUUGACGAUGCAAUGCAUAUGCUUACCUCCGGGAACGUAUCGGCGACUGACAUAGCGUCUGGCUUGAAGAACCACACGCAAGAACAGACUCUUUCUCCUCACGAUCUUGAUACUCUGGUGGAGAUCAUUAGUAAUCUCACAGUCCUCAUUGAUGAUCAGGUAGGGAUGGUGGAGGACGCGGCGACGCGCAAGGCCCUCAUGACCAACUACACCGAAUCGCUGCUAGGACUCACUAGUAAUAUUUUGGCCGUUGAAGGCACCUGGGUCGACCUGAAGCUGAGCGAGGCGGCGGAGCAGGGAUCCUCACUGCUGAGGAACCUGGAGGUGACAGGAUUCAAUCUGGCGGAGGAGGUGCGGAACGACACCGUGGCCUUUCAGGAGUCCCAGGUCAACAUGACGGUCCACUCGGUGCCCAGAGAGACCUUGCUCGAGAGGGACCUCUUCUUCCCGUCGCCCUCGGACCGGACCUUCCUGCACCUUCCCCCGGGCUUCGAGGCGCUGCUGCCGGAGCGGGAGACGCAGGCCAGGCUCGUCGGGUUCCUGCUGCACUUCGAGGCGGCCGCCAGGGUCCUCCCAGGGGUUCUGAACCGAAACCUGACUUACCCCAGAUACAAAAAAGUCAACAGCCACGUGGUAAGCAUGAGCUUGGGAAACGCAACGCACAGUGUGAAUUUUACGAGCCUGGGAGAAGGCGUUCUGCUGCGUCUGGAACAUGCUGCCAGGGAGAUUGGGCCGGUCUUUAGAGACCUGUACCGGGACCAGCGACCUGGAGAGGUACCGACACCCGUUCCUGGUACAGCGAAGUGCGUUUACUGGGAUCAUGAUACGAGCGUGUGGUCUCCGGACGGCUGCAAUUUGGUCAACACUACACAUGACGUCACCUUCUGUCAAUGCAAUCACCUUACCAUGAUCUCCAUUAUCACUGAUAUCCAUGACUACGUGGGUCGCGAUCCUGUACUGGACAUCAUGGGCACAGUUUUAACCUCUGCCUCGUGCAUUUCGCUUUUCCUGGCCUUCUGUAUUUUCCAGUUUUGCAAGGGUUUAGCACAAACACCUCGCAGGAACAUUAGCAAAGUGCGCAUCUCCAUCAAUAAGCAGUUGUGCGUUUCCCUGGGGAUUUCGCACGGCCUUCUGCUCUUUCUCCUCGACAGAGAUUUUCUCAAGCUGUCGGAGACGGGCUGUUCCAUAUCGGCGAUGGUCCUGCACUACUGGGUGACAUCCGGUGUGUGUUGGAUGUUGGCCGAGGGCGGACAUCUCUUCCAGACGGUGCAAAGAGUCCUCUCCCCCACGCACUAUAUGCCGGCGUACUGGAUGAUAGGCUACGGCUUCCCGCUGGUGAUCGUCCUCAUCACUGUGUUGGUCAGUUACGCUAACGAUUCGUGGCUGGGUCAGAAAGCGUACGCGCCGGAGGGGAGUGAGUAUUGCUGGCUCUCGACUGAUCAAGGAUACAUAUGGUCAUUCACUGGCCCUCUCGUCGCCGUCAUUGUGCUCAAUACAAUCUGCUUGAUUCUUGCCCUUCGUUCAGCCGCCAUAUUGGAAGCCAACAAGCAGAAGACUCUUCCUCAGCAGUUAAGGAUGUGGAUCAAAGGAUGCUUCUCGCUAAACUGCGUCCUUGGAACCACAUGGGUCUUCGGUCUUCUUUAUCUCAACACAAGCCACUUCUUCGCCUACGUGUUCACCAUCUUCAACGGCUCGCAGGGUGUUAUGAUUCUGGUUCUUCACUGCUUGGUUAACGACACAGUGAGAGAGGCCCUUGUAAACGCAUUCCCGGAUGCCAUUAAGAAGCACCUCCAGCAGCACCCGAGGAACCGCCAGAGCGCCCUGUCGACCAGCAGAGCGCAGUCCCAGGGGCCUCGCCGUAGGGUAAGCGUCCCGUCGUCCAUCCACCUGCAGGCGUCCUCCACCUCGUCGACCUCUUUCCUGUCCUCUUCCACUCGUCGACUCUCUGAGCCGAAUCUCGGUCAGCAUAUUAGGAGGCCGUCUGAAGCGGGCGUUGCAGAGAGGACAGUGCAGGAGAAGUUGCAAUUCCUACUCCCUGGUGAGCUCGGCGGCUGCGGGAACACUAUCCCUCCCUCCAGGUGGAGCAGACGACUAAAGCGCGACGAAACCCGGUUUCCCGAAUGCGAAAUGUGUGCUUCCGGACGAGACGACCCAUACAACGCCAAAUGCACUUGCAAACAAGGAGCGACGCCCAACCCGUCUCCGCCGCGAAAGUACAGAAAUAACCGCAGCGGAAGCGAGUGGUCCAACGCCACCCAGCUGACUUUUAUCUCCGACGGCCAAUCGGAGGGCCCCUACAGCACCCGGCGGACGUCCUUCGAUUCCUACGGAUCCAGCGUCUCGGACGAAUCCUCCGAGUCCUCGGGCCACUUCGUAGAACACGUAGGGAUCUCCCACCGUCAGUUAUCCCCCCGCCGGACCGCCUGGGACCUACCUGUCGCCCUUGGAACUUCCUUACGGCCACGAGGACCUCCGCUACGCCCCCGACUUCGACACGAUCCUGGAGUGCGACGAACGCAGCCCGAGAUCCGAGAGUGCCGUGUCCUUCUUCUAGGCGGGCGUUUGGGCGUCUUUCCUUCCUCUCCUCCUCACUUAGCGAAGGAUGCGAGGGCCGAGUACCUGUCGUUUUAUGUACAGAGUACAGUUAGUCAUUCAUUAGAUCUCUGUCGCUAUAAAUGUUAAUAUUAAUCUUUAGUCAGUCUAUUGGCCCUUCUUUCUCGAGUUCUGUCAUAAAGUGUUCUUCGUAAUAAGAUAUUAUGUAAUAGGAUGUUAUUUGUGAUAACAAUAUGAUUUAAGGUACCACUGUACCUUAACCCUUUUACGUCUGUCAGAAUACAUAUUUUUAAGUAAUUUAUAGUUCUACACCUAAGAGUUUGAGCAGGUCAAUAA